AUGAAAAUGGAACGGCAGAUGCAACUAGUAAUUGGAAUAAUUGGACAGCAUUUACAGAAGAGCAAAAAGGCUGCACUCAUUCUUUCUGCACCCUAAGUCUUGCGCCUUCUAAAGCAGUUUUAUAUCCUGGACUAUUUGCAUCCAAUGAUGUGGUGGGAAUUCUCAGCUUAGCAUAGUCACAUGACGGAUCAGAAACACAGAUUAAGAACCCAACAGGGAUACAUAUUUCAAGUGAAAGAGGCGAUCUUCAGUAAGAAACCAAUGGGUUAUGCAAAAUCCUUUCCAAAGGAAACAGACACUUAA